AUAUUAUGCGAACGAAUGGAUAGAGUAUGCGGCCAUGCGCCGCCAGUCGCGCGAGCAGCCGAGUGGCGUGCACAGGGCGCGGGGCGGGCGGCGUCGGAGCGCUGCAAUUUUCCCCGCCCGUACCGCGAUGGGCCGCGUUUUCCGAGAGGCGCGUCGGCCCCCUCGCCCGCACGAGCCGGGAAAUCGCUUCUCGCUCGCCUCAGUCUGGCCCGACCGUCGUGUGGUGUUGACGCGUGCGCGACUCUCUCGCCCUCGCGAGCCUCCGUUCGAAUACGCGAAAGAUAUUCGAAAUUCGAAAAUAGUGAGCUCGUGGUCCGCUCGUGGCCUUCUCGUGGCCUUUUCGUGGCCGGGAUCGGUGGAAUACCAGUGGUAGGUGCGGGCAGUGCGAUGCUGCCUGCACUAGUGAUGCUGGUGCUGCUCGCGCCCGCGGGGCCCGUCUCUGCGCGCCGGCACGCGCCAGACCUGCGCGAGGAUGAGCCCGCGCGACGGACCACUAGACCGGCCGAAUGCCAGUUCGGGAAGCAAGCCAAAGAGCUCGGCUCAACGUGGUUUGCAGACCUCGGCCCGCCGUUCGGUGUGAUGUACUGCAUCAAAUGUGAGUGUAUAUCGGUACAAAAGAAGCGUCGGGUAGUGGCGAAAGUUCACUGUCGCAAUAUAAAGAAUGAGUGUCCGGAACCCUCCUGCGAUACGCCCACGUUACUGCCCGGAAGAUGUUGCAAGACUUGCCCCGGCGAUAUUGACUCUCCAGAUAUCGUCCAAGAAGACAGCCCGGUUGUAAUUACAACCAAUGAUGACGAGGAACUUAGUAUGAGACACUUUGGAGCUUUGCUAACUGGUCGUUCACCUUUAUGCAUAAGGCGGGAUGAUAUGACUGGGGUGCCUGUGGCUUCUGGCGUUGCGACUGCACGCUUCACGUUCCGACGCCGCCAUCUAUUUUGGUCUGUCUUACUCGGCCCGUCCAUGGUCGUUCAACCCCGUGCUUUGGCCUUCCUAGACCGAGGCGGACGUAUGCUCCUUGAACAUCCUUUAAAAAGAGCCCCCGGGAUCCACGCCACUUACGAGGAAAAGACCGAUAAGCUGUGUGGCGUCUGGCGUCGAGUUCCCAGAGAGUACAAGCGUUUAUUGAGAGAAGGCUCUUUGUAUGUGGCAUUGAUUUGGGGUGACGAAAGGAACAACUCAAUGGAUAGCGCGCUUAGCGGCAGAAUAAACAGGUACCCAGCGCUUUCUACGGAAAUGUUUACGUCUCUUCUCGAACCUGAACAUGCCCCUGCCGUAACCAGCAGAGGUCCGUGCAACGACUACCGAAUGCCCGGCCAGGAGGAGGGAUGGUGGGGAGGUACCGCCGUGGUCACCGGCGCAACCGGCGCUGCCCCGAGUUUACACUUGGCUAUCAUUUACAAUGGAGUUUUCAUGCCAGCAUCAAGAGACCAAUCUGUUAGAGUGUUGUUGACGCUUCCUGAGAGAAAUCAGACUAUUAUUGAUGAGAUUAAAAACAUAAAUAAACCAAGCUACGAGUUGAACGUUUUAGAAGUAACAACGCCUGUAUCGGCUGCGGAAUUACGUUCACUGUCAAGAGGACGCCUGCAACUGUCGCUGGAAGCUAUUGGGACAGUGGAAAGACGCAUAUCAGGGAGCGUUAGACAGCGGGCCGCUUGUGAAGUCUUCCAUGCGCCAUUGAUGGCUGAAAGGCCCCCUGCCACUCUUGCGCCGGAGGGUCUCGCUUUGCUUUACAUUGAUAAAGAUGGAUCACUUGUCUAUGAUAUUCAGAUAGAAAACUUAAGCAUAACGGAUCCUAAGAUAACUCUAGUGGAAGAGCAAGGCAAACGUCAUUCGCAAGUAGAAAUAUUGGAUACCAGGAUGGGUGUACUAGCUAGACCCAGUGCUCGGAUCUUCCCUCCACUUUAUGAGGACCAACUCGCUGUGCAUAUUGGCUCAGAUACAGGACCUCCCAUGUUGAGAGGUCGCUUACUGUCGCGAUCUUUGCCGGACGCAGCCAGUGCCGGGCCCGCGUUGCUACGGCGAACGGACGCUCGCAUGCCGCCUUCUAUCAACCCGGUCGCUGGUCUCGCGUGGCUAGCCGUGGAUUCAUUGUGCGGAAUCAAUUAUGAGGUGAUUGUAAAUGGUUAUUCCGGUGCCUGGUCUGCUUGGUUGGAGAGUCACCCUUCCGGCAGCAGUGGGCCACGGGUGCUAGCUGGGCUAGAAGGCUCGGUUCUGGAGCCUUCUCCUGCGGAGUUGGCGGCGCUUAACGCGGGUUCUGCGUAUCUUAAAGUUCGAGCUUCGGAUAAUGACACUGAAUUCUUACGCACGCGGUUACAUCAGAUAAGCGUGCCAGCAUCGUGUCUUCCGUCGGGCUCCUAUUCCAAUGAUAUUGGCUCUAACAACGUACCAACGCACAUGAACUCGCCGCCACCAGACAAUUCGCUUUCCAACUCUGCAUCUUGCUACUAUGGUGGGAAAUCGUAUGAAGACGGCACGCAAUGGAUGUCUACCGAGUCCUGUCAAAUGUGUGGCUGUGCCCACGGCAUGCUGCGGUGUGACCCGGUGCGGUGCCCACCAGUCUCGUGCGCCGUGCCCACGAUACAGCCGCCGGGUCAAUGUUGCCCUAUUUGUACUAAUUCAACCACAGCGGUAUGGGACGAGUCCCACGGUUGUCAUCUAGCUGGACAGUACCACGCGCCCGGGUCAUCCUGGCAUCCGUAUCUGGUGCCAGGCGGUUACGACACCUGUGCUAUAUGCACAUGCGAGUUCCCCACGCGUCAGGUGCGAUGCCCACGAGUGAGGUGCCCACCGCUGAGGUGUGCUGAGAAGGAUGCGUAUAGACCAGACAAGAAGGCCUGCUGCAGAGUGUGCCCAGAGGUAACCAAGGUGAAGACAAAAAAGACAGAAGAAGAAACGCCAAAGGACCAGGGAGCGCCGCGCACCGCCGAAGAGAUCCUCGCGGAGGGAGGCUGCAAGUUCCCAGAUGGGCCUCUGCCGAACGGGAAGGAGGUGCACCCGUCCAUACACUCACACGGCGAGCAGAGAUGUGUCACUUGCAGGUGCAAGGACGGCGAAGUGACGUGCAUCCGCAAGCGCUGUGGGCGCGCGGCGUGCGCGCGGCGACGGCGCGGCGACGGUUGCUGCGCGUGCACGCGUCACCGUCGCCAGCGCGCGCCGCGCCUCGACGCGCCCAGCUGAGCGACGCGCGCCGCCCGUCGCCGCCCGACACAGUAUUACUGAACGAGAGCCUGUGAUGGCUACACCUUUUCUUAUUAAAGCUGGAAGUUUGUCAGCUCAUACUCCACACUGGUGGCAUCAUUGGCGUUAAGAAUAUAUACCUACUAGCGGACGCCCGCUCGUUCGUUCGUUUUAAAUCCCGCGGGAAACAUGAUUUUUUUGGGAUGAAAAGUAGCCUAUGUGUUAAUCCAGAGUAAAAUCUAUUUUCAUUCCAAAUUUCAACCAAAUCGCUUCAGUAGCCGCAGCGUAAAAGAGGAACAAACAUACUUACACACUAACUUUCGCCUUUAUAAUAUUAGUGUGAUAAAGUCAAAAAGGGGCGCGCCAUUUUACGGUAGGUCCUACCGUGUAGGGGGUUCGCGAUAAGAUUUACGUGGUUUUUUAUAAAUGGUGGCUAAAUAAUUUAGUAGGAAUAAAAUAUUUCGAACUGUCACGCUAAGUGGUAACUCGUGCUUCUAUAAUUUUUAAGUAUGGUAGCCAACUUUAGAGUUUGGACCAUUAUUUACUUUGGGAGGUAGCAGGUUUCAAUGAUCUAGACCUUCAACCGUCUGAGUAUGUACUAUAUAAGAUUAAGAUAAAAUUUUAAAGGUCUCUAAUGACAGGGUGCUAUGAAGCCAAGUGUCUGGCGUCUUGGGACACGAACUUUCGUAUUAUGCUGAGGAAAAUAUAAAAGAAUCACUUUAUACUUAGACGGCUGAAGGUUUGGAUCCUUGAAACCUGCUACAUCCCAAAGUAACCACAGCCCAAACUCCUUAGUUGGCUUACUUAUAAUAGAAGCAAGCAGACAAGCGAUCAGCUUUUACAAAACUAGAAAAGUCAUCACUCGAAGCAUGAGCUGACAAAUUACCAGCUUCUUUGAAAUGAGAAAGGUCAUCACUAGCUCUUAGUCUACGACUGCGCCGGAACCCCCGUCUAUCCCAGACUGCUCCUAGGCUAAGUGAGUGAACGCUUCGCUCUAUAGACUGAUAUAUUUUUAUGUUCUCUUGCGAUUCGAAUGUGUCUAGUGUACGGUGAGGCGGUCGGCCCGGGACGGAGCUCGCAAUGGCGUUUGAAUAUUCAAUUCCCACCGGUAUUUUAAUUGGUAUUAUGUCCAGAAAUUUGUAGGCGCACGCGAGGUAUUGGGCAGAGGACCCAAUAGGCGUCGGUCGGCUCGCCCGCCCUUAAGCGGGCUACAGACCAUCAGUUCUAACUGUACAGUUUUAUCUAAUCGAUUUUUCAAUCAAAAUCAUUAAAAAUGUACAGUUCUCAGUAUUGCCUAGACACGGACGUUUUAACUGAACAGUUAAAACUGCAAAUAGGUCUAUAGCCCGAAUAACACACGAAUGUGAGCGCGGUCGGAGAUGUUAAAGAUGUGCCAUAUUUUCUUAAUGUAAAUAAUAAAUUAUUUAACUUUAUUUUACCUAUAUGCAUAUUUAUUUACAAUUUUACGGCCAUAUUUAUAAACAUGGAUUAAUGUUUAAACCUCAAUUUUCAUCAAAGUAAAGUGGACCUAAUCACUUAUACUUAAAGUUGACUUUACUUUGAAGAAUUUUGGGGAUUAAAUCUUAAUACAUAUUUGUAUAUAAGGCCGCUAAUGUAUAUUGUGGUGUCGUAGCGAUCGUGUGUCAUGUCGAAACCAUCACUGUAUUGUCGUCAUUCGAUCAUCUCUAUUUGUGCAUUUGCUUGUAGUUUGUAUAUCUUUACGUAAUACCACAUUUUGUACAUGUUACAUAUUCUGUACUUCUUACCGUAUUUAAUAAGCCUGUGUUAACUUUAUUGUGUAAGUAAACGUAAGUACUCAAAAAAUUUGGUACUCGUAAGUAACUUGGUUAAGUUCUAUGUAGUCUUGCGAGAAUCGGCCACAGCAGAAUAUUUUGUACAUACAUUAUUCAUACGUUCUUCUACUUAUAUAAUUAUAUACUAUAAUAACUAAUGAUAUUUUACGUUUAAUGUUGUUUAGACCGUUAGCAUGGUUGCACACCGUUAAAACGCAAUUAAUUAUAAACAUACAUAAUAUAUAGUUUACGUAAUCUUGACUAGUUUUGUUUAAUUAUUAGGUAAACAGUUUUAUAGUUACGUAAUUAAGGAAGCUAGUCCAAAUGUGUUGAUGUGAUGGAUAUAAAUGCCAUGUAGCUAGAAAUAUCUCUGCUUUGAUUGAUAUUGAUAUAUAUUAUAUUAUUUUAUUAUAAACAUCUAAAAGUAUUUCGCUUUUACGGCACAAAAUUCGGGGUUUACUUGUGUGAAAUAUUGCCAAAAAUUGAGAACUUUUAUAAUGUUUUUUUUUUAUUUUAUUUUGCGUUUGUUGUGGGAUCUAGUCCAUCAAAAUUUGUGAAUGUAUUAUAAUGUUUAUACUCACGUUAUUGGCUAUCGUUAUUUUAUGUUUUGACGUAAUUAGAAUAUGAUUCAAUAAGAGCACGAUUUCUUUUGGUUUUAGUACAUAAUCUAACAGUAGGAAGUAAUCACCUAUGGCUUGCGAAUAACAAAACUAAUAGCCAUAAAGGGUACUAUAAACUUGCUUGCGUUGCAUUGUUUUUAUUUGAUAAAUAUUAUAUCUUUAGUAGCUCACUCAUUGUAUUCUCCCUCGUUAUACAAAGGGAAUGACUGUUUUAUUUUUUUUCGUUCUAAAUUUUACAUAUUUUAUCAUAUAUUUUGGCGUCCAAAUUUUGUGAAAUACCUAAAUAAUUUUGACUGGUGUAACUGGUUAAAAAAAUUCUGUACAACAUCAUACAAUUUUAGUAGGUAUGCAAUAAAUUACCUGUGAAUUCUGA